AUGUUUCUGCCCAACAGCAGCCAGAAGUUUGGAAGCCUUGUAAAUGCCGGGAGGAUUUAUUUCCGUACAAAGAAAGAUAAGACAGCCGGCGUCAAGGAGGAUGGCUACAUUGAGCCUGGCGUUCGUUUUUGCUUUUACCUUAAACUUGAGAAAGAUCUCACGCCCACACCGAACAAGGAGGAAAAGGCCAUCGGUAGGUUCUUGCCGCUUUCUGUGAAGGAAGUGAUCAAGUCUAUCGAGGGAGGGCAAUGGAAGCCGAGAUCUGGUUUGGUCAUGCUUGCCUCCUUCCAUAAGCAUGGCUGUAUCGGUAAUGAGGAUCUGGAUGAGAAGAAGCUUUAUGUGCUACCUCCAUUUGAUCUCUCGGGCUUCUCCGAACAGGUGAAUGAUGAGCGACGAGGGCAGCGUGGAUUGUAA